UUCAGAGAAGCUAAGACCCGCAUAAGGCUUGCAAGGGAUAAGCAAGAGACAGACAGGAAGGAAAGGGCUAACAUGAAGGAGCUUGCUAAAGCUAAUAAGCUAUACAAUAAGACGAUUGCGCACGAGAAGCGUUAUGCGCGUGCAGGAGAGAAGGUAGAGCACAAACAGCUAAGUGCAGACAAGACUAAGGAAGUCGCUGAACGCAAGCCUUCAUUAGGCAAGCGCAAGGCUCUGGAGAAAGUAGCUCCAAGGAAUAAGCACAAGUAUAGUGCUAGCAAUGAUGUAGGUGGUGCCUCGCGCCUAGCGCGUACGCCAACACCUCUACACUAA